AUAAAUAAAAAAAAAGUUAGACUGUUUCGAAUUUCAUCAUUCGUCGUGCCUUUAAUAUUCUUUGUUUUAUCUCUUUAUUUCUUGAAAUUAAUUGAUAAUUCCACUUUUUGAUUAAACCGACUACCGUUUAACGCCUGGCGCGUGGUGCUAGAAGCUAAUUUUAUGUAACAGUUCAAUGUAAUGGUUCAUAUUUAGACAUUACUCAUCACCGUUUUAUUUUGUACUUUUGUACUGUUUCUGUCGACGAAUAUCGGACAGAAAAGGAUACUCAACUUAUCGUAAUCUAAAUUAAGAUUUUGUUUUUUUUUUAUCUACUGGAGAAUAAAAAACCUCGCCAAAAUGCCAAUCAACACUCGGGAGCUGAUGGAAGCAGUCGGCACACUAACGGACCAACACAAUAUGCGCGUCACCUUGAAGAGUAGUUUGAAGGGUGCGGCAAUCUGCGGCUCGUGCAGUUUCAUCGGUGGUGUCCUGGGGGGACCGGUAGGAUUGGCCGUCGGUGGUACCAUCGGAGCCGUCAGUGCAGGGUACAUGAGCCGUGGCAAAUUCCGCCCGGUUAGCCACAUCAUCAUGCACGAUUUAAGUCACCGGGAGCAGGAAAAGUUGAAGAACCACAUCGUGGCAGCCGUAGCAGACAUACAUCCGACCGAUCUGGCUAUGCUACUGCCACUGAUAACCGGAAAUAUGGCGGUGCAGAAAGCGAUACUAAGCACAGUUGUUUCGUUCAUCACCAACGAUAUGGGCAUGCAGAUCAUAGACUGAAGGCGAAACUAAUAUAAUGUGUAUUUGCGGAUUUGUUAACGUUGGUCGUGAUAAGUUUGGUGCUUUGCCGCAAAAAUUUUUCUACAAAAGAAUAGGGUUUUUAAAAUCAUACAAGUAAAUAUAUUAUUUAAAAAAGAGACAAAAAUUCCGUUUAUCUUCACUGUAGGUACCAAAAGGUAAAGGUCUCAUAACAAAAACAAACAUAUCUCAGUUUUUAUCUUUUCAAGUUAAUACAAUUUUUUUGUCAUGUUAACAUAGUUCUUUGAUUUUGUAGAAUAUAACCUAUCGUAACACAUUAA